ACGACAAGGUGUGCUGUCACUUGUUUUAACACAGGCCUCACACACUCGCAAAGUAUCGCCGAGGGAGAGAAUGCUUCGCAAGGACAGGCUCCUAGAGUUGAAGGAAAGCUUUGAGAGGAUGGGAAUGAAGAUCUGGUGAGAAGAGGAAAAGGAAAGCGGAGGGUCAGCCAUGCCGUGGAGAAGCCCUCUGGCCCUGAUAAGGGAUAGUCUGCGAGGUCAGAGGGCACGGGAGUCCGAGCUCCGAACCCUGGUUUCCAAUCUGCCUUACGAGGGACUGGACAAGAGCAAGCAACCAAACCGCUACUUCCCGUCAAAUGUCGUCAAAACGACCAAAUACACCCUGCUCUUUUUUCUCCCUAUGAACCUUUUUGAGCAGUUCCACCGCGUGGCUAACCUUUACUUUGUGGGCCUGGCAAUUCUGAACUUUUUCCCCGUAGUGAACGCCUUCGAACCCGAUGUGGCACUCAUCCCCAUCUGUGUCAUCUUGGCUCUGACGGCCCUGAAGGACGCCUGGGAAGACUUCAGGAGGUACCAGUCGGACAAGAAGCUUAACAACACGCCAUGUUACAUCUACAGCAGGAAGGAGAAGCAGUUUGUGGAGAGGCCGUGGAAGAAUGUGCGAGUGGGGGAUUUUGUAAAGGUGGUUAGCAACGAGGUCAUCCCGGCGGACCUCCUUCUCCUUUACACCUCAGACCCCAAUGGCGUGUGUCACAUGGAGACGGCCAACCUGGACGGAGAGACCAACCUGAAGCAGAGGAGGGUUGUGUCUGGCCUCAGCGUCUCGAAUGCAGAGUUUGAUCCUGAAAGCUUCAACAGCACCGUGGUGUGUGAAAAGCCCAACAGCAACCUGAAUCACUUUAAGUGUUAUGUAGAGAAACCUGAUAAGGUGAAGGUGGGAGCUGGAAUUGAGAGUCUGCUGCUGCGAGGCUGCACAGUGAGAAACACAGAGCAUGCUGUCGGCUUUGUGGUAUACGCAGGCCGUGAAACCAAGUCCAUGCUCAACAACAAGGGGCCGAGAUACAAGCGCAGCAAACUGGAGCGGAAGCUGAACACGGACGUCUUCUUCUGCGUCAUUCUCCUCUUCACCAUGUGUCUCGUCGGAGCUGUGGGUCACUACGUAUGGCUGAAGACGCUGCCUGGCAUGCCCCCGUACCUGGUCUUCGACAACGGUCACCAGAACAGCCCCAGUCUGUCCAGCUUCUACAUGUUCUUCACCAUGAUCAUCCUGCUGCAGAUCCUGAUUCCAAUCGCUCUCUACGUCUCCAUCGAGCUGGUCAAGAUUGGCCAGAUCUACUUCAUCAUUAACGACAUUGACCUCUAUGACGAGGAGACAAACAGCCGCAUGCAGUGUAAGGCUCUGAACAUCACAGAGGACCUGGGGCAGAUUGAAUACAUCUUCUCGGACAAGACGGGCACCCUCACCGAGAACAAGAUGGUGUUUCGCCGAUGCUCCAUCAUGGGCACCGAGUACCCGCACAAAGAGAACGCCAUCCGCUUGGCUGUCCUUGAUGAACCAGAGUCAGAGGACGAUGUUAUAUUCAACCAGCGUCCCCGACCCCUACGGACAAGUUGGUCCCUGGACUCAGAUGACACCAACCCUGAAGACUUACAACACCGUGGAAGCAGACGCAAGAGCAAGGUCGCAGGAAACGCUCAGAGCAACGUGGCCUUCAGCAGUCCACUGGAAACUGAGGUGAUUCCAGACAGGAAGCUGCUUCAGCAGAUUAGCAGGGCAGAGAGCAACAGCAGCCGUCUGCAGACGGAUCCUUACCUGGACUUUUUUCUGGCUCUAGCCAUUUGCAACACGGUGGUGGUUUCCAUGGCAACACCUCAGAGACAGCGGGGAAGUGACUCUUCGUACUUUGGCCAGACAAAUAAUCCACUGGUUACGCUGUCCAGCCUGGUGAAAAACGCCGGAUCUUUAUACGACCGCCUUACCUCAUGCACAAUGAUGUCCAAUAAAAGACGAACCCUCUCAGAGGACUCGGCUACAGAGGACCAUUUUUAUCCCUCCAUAAAAAUGGAGGGGGUUGUGGACACCAAUGGGCUCCAGGCAUGUUCGCUCCACGCUCACCCCCAGAGCGACAAGCCCGCAGCCCCCUUGGAUAAUCUGAGCUAUGAGGCGGAGAGUCCAGACGAGGCCGCCCUGGUGUACGCAGCCAAGGCAUAUGGCUUCACUCUGCUGGCCCGCACCCCUGACAGCGUGACGGUGAGGCUCCCCACUGGAGAGGACCUGGUGUUUGAGGUGCUGGACACCUUGGCCUUUGACUCCAACAGGAAAAGAAUGUCUGUUCUGGUGCGGCAUCCAAUCACAAAAGAGUUUGUGCUGUACACUAAAGGUGCAGACUACUCCAUCAUGGAACUACUUGGUACACCAUACGCAGAACACCUACGUGGCAACAAGAAGAAAAUAGCAACUGAUACUCAGCAUCACCUUGACUGCUAUGCUAAGGAGGGGCUACGCACACUGUGCAUUACAAAGAAGGUUGUGAGUGAGAAAGCAUAUCAAAGCUGGUUAGAGGACAGGCAAACAGCUCUGACUGCCAUAGACAACAGAGAGGAGCUCCUCAUGGAGACCGCUGUUCAGCUAGAGACAAACCUCUCUCUGCUAGGGGCAACGGGUAUCGAGGACCGUCUGCAGGAGGACGUCCCAGACACCAUCCUGGCUCUACGGGAGGCAGGCAUCCAGGUGUGGGUUCUGACCGGUGACAAGCCAGAGACGGCUGUCAACAUUGGCUACGCCUGCAGGCUUCUGGAAGAUGAAGACCUGGUGAUUAACAUGAGCUGCAAAGACAAGAUCAUGUGCACAUCCAUACUGGACUGCACUCUGGAAGAGGUGAGGAGGUACAGCGCAGACCCUCGUAACGUGGACACAACUCCAGACAUCUCUCUGGUGAUCGAUGGCCGCACCCUGACCAUGGCCAUGUCGGCAGACCUGCAGGACCGCUUUGUGGACCUGGCGAAGCGCUGCCGCUCGGUGCUCUGCUGUAGAGUGACACCCUUACAGAAGAGCGGAGUGGUGAAACUGGUCAGGGAGAAGCUCAAGGUCAUGACACUCGCUGUUGGUGAUGGUGCAAAUGAUGUGAACAUGAUCCAAGCAGCUGAUAUCGGCAUUGGGAUUUCUGGUCAGGAAGGGAUGCAGGCCGUCAUGGCAAGCGACUUCGCCAUAUCUCGCUUCAAACACCUGAAGAAACUCCUCCUGGUCCACGGACACUGGUGCUACACUCGACUGGCAAACAUGAUCAUUUAUUUCUUCUACAAGAACGCAGCCUACGUGAACCUGCUGUUCUGGUAUCAGUUCUUCUGCGGAUUCUCUGGCACGUCCAUGAUCGACUACUGGCUCCUGAUCUUCUUCAACCUUUUCUUCACCUCUGUCCCGCCCAUCAUGUUUGGGAUCAUGGACAAAGAUGUUUCUGCUGAGGUGCUGCUGGGUGUCCCUGACUUGUACAAGACCGGACAAGGCAAAGGGGAAUACAGGUUUUCUACUUUCUGGGCUUCCAUGCUCGAUGCCUUCUAUCAGAGCCUGGUGUGCUUCUUUAUUCCAUAUUGGACUUAUCAGGGUUCAGACAUUGACAUGUUCACCUUUGGAACUCCUUUAAACACAAUUGCUUUGUUCACCAUCCUGCUGCAUCUGUCCAUAGAGGUCAAAUCCUGGACAAGAGUACACUGGCUGAUCAUACUGGGCAGUGUGGCGUUGUUCUUCAUCGUGACGCUUGCCUACAGCGCCACCUGCGUUACGUGUAACCCUCCAUCCAACCCGUACUGGGUCAUGCAGAGACAGAUGGCUGAUCCCAUAUUCUACCUCGUCUGCAUCCUCUCCACUGUGGUGGCUCUGCUUCCCAGGUACGUGUUUCACGUGCUGAAGAACUCUAUCGCCCCCUCCCCGAUCUUACAAGCCAGGCUUCUGGACCGGAUGGAGCCUUCCACGAGAGACGAGUGGAUCAAGGAGUGGAGGAGCCUCAGGGGCGGGGGCCACGUCCGGCGCUCCCGGCUGUCCACCCCACCCUCUCCCACCCUGGACGCCACUGUGGAAAAUUAUCCCGGGUGUUUCACCGCGGACGACGUGGGGGACGAUCCCACACUGAACGUCAUCAGUGUGAAAUCUCAGGGGCCUGUGCACACAUGACAAACGGAGGCGACGUGAAGGGGGCACAAAGAGCACUAUGAUGAUUAUUUAUUCAGAACAUUGUAAAUAUCUGAGCUGGCUCAUGAUCCCAGUAUAAUGUUUCAUUUUGGAAAGGCAAUAAGGGUGAAUCGCUGGAGAUUAUUUUGCAAUAAACUACUCAACAAAA